AUGUCCACCUCCUCUCAAGAAAAUUCUCCAAACUCCAACACCGGAAGCGGUAGACACUUCUCGAUGUCUCGGGAUAGAUUCGAUAUUAGCAUACCCUCACCUCGACUUUCUCUCGUAACAAAUGGCGAUUUAAUAUCCCCAACCUCGCUGAAAUCACCGAAUGGUCGUCGUGUCGCUACCUUUUCCCGAGAAGGAAUUCUAGGAUCCGCUCAGAAAGCUAGGAAUUUAUCACAAUCUUCCGGAGACAGAGAAUCUAUCACGAAUGGAUUUCAAAAUAGGCACAACCAGAUUCAAAAUCAAAGUGGGCAUCAAAAUCACAAUGGAAAUAGCGAUGAUGGGAUCAAUCCACUGAAGAGAAGAAGUACUGAUGCUGGUAUUGAUUACCCAAGACGAAGAGCUACUAUCGCUUGUGAGAUAUGUCGGUCACGAAAAUCACGAUGUGACGGAACCAAGCCAAAAUGUAAACUUUGCACAGAGCUGGGUGCCGAAUGUAUAUAUCGUGAACCAGGUAUCAAGCUCGACGCCGGAGAUAAACUCAUACUUGAGCAUCUCACUCGAAUUGAAGGGUUACUUCAAUCGACAUUAAUCGGACAAACAUCCAACCUCGCUCUUUCAACCGGGUCACCAUCUAUAAAUGGAGGAACCACAACAAGCGGUGAUGAUCUAAUGAUGGCAGCUAGUGGAGGUUUCGUCUCUCUACUUCCUGCCACGGGUCUUGGCACAUGGGUGAACCCCACCAAUAUCUCCACCAUGCCGAAAAUCCACACAAAUGCCGCAUUACACUUACUUCAAUGGCCCUUGAUCCGCGAUUUAGUUUCACGACCUUACGAUCCUCAAAUCCUUCUUCAACUCGAAAUGGCAAGAGAACCACUUGCAUUGUCCAAAGCUCCUUGCUUGGAUCUCUCAAAUACAACGGCAUAUAUCGAAGCAUUUUUUGCCAAAGCAAAUGUCUGGUAUGCAUGCGUUAAUCCAUUCAAUUGGACAAACCACUACCGUGUUGCUUUAUCGAAUGGAUUUCGCGAAGGUCCAGAGAGUUGCAUCGUUCUUUUGGUACUAGCAUUGGGUCAAGCUAGCUGUAGUGGGAGUAUAUCUAGAGCAGUAAGUUCUGAGGAUCCUCCCGGGCUUCCAUAUUUUGCAGCAGCUUGGGCUCUUCUUCCAAGUUUGAUGACGAGGAGCUCUGUGUUAUCUGCUCAGUGCACAGUUCUUGCUUCUGCAUAUUUGUUUUAUCUUGUGAGACCAUUGGAAGCUUGGACGCUACUGAGUAGUACGAGUAUGAAGCUUCAACUUCUCUUGAGCGCACCGGGAAGGAUACCAGCGAGCCAAAGGGAGUUAUGCGAGAGAGUGUAUUGGAAUUCAUUAUUGUUUGAGAGUGAUCUCUUGGCUGAGUUAGAUUUACCACACUCAGGAAUAGUCCAAUAUGAGGAAAUUGUGGGGCUGCCGGGAGGCUUCGAGCAAGAAGACGAGGAUGGUGGAGUGGGUCGAGAUGAGUUAUGGUAUUUUUUGGCUGAGAUUGCACUGCGCCGACUAUUGAACCGUGUCAGUCAACUCAUUUAUUCGAAAGAUUCGAUGGCAUCAACAUCGAGUUUGGAGCCCGUUGUGGCAGAACUGGACUUUCAAUUGUCGCAAUGGUACGAAAGUCUACCUCUACCUCUACAGUUUUCUUACACUCGCACACCUCUUGCGGAUCCUGUUCAGACAGUAUUGAGGUUGCGAUAUUUUGCUUGUCGAACAAUUAUUUUCAGGCCAUAUAUUCUUGCUGUGUUGGACAACGAACAGGCAGCCAUGGAUCCAUCAGUUAGGGAAAAUUGCCGAAAAUGUCUAGAGGCUUCAGUCAGACAACUUGAGUUUAUCAGCGCACACCACGCAGGUCACAUGCCCUACCUCUGGCAAGGAGCGCUCAGCAUCGUCUCUCAAACCCUUCUCGUAAUGGGCGCCACCAUGUCGCCCUCCCUAGCCGCUAUUAUCAACUCCCUCGUCAUCCACGACACAAUCGACGGGAUCAUAAAUGACGUUGUCAUGGAAAUCGAAAGAUACGCCCAUCUAGCACCUAGUUUAAGUCUGUCUGCCGAAAUAAUCAGGGAAGCUGAGAUGCGAAGACGCAGCUAUCUUGGCGGCUGA